CGCAAAUAACAUAUCAACACAAUGCGAUCCCCAAUGCAAGAUCCAGACGAAACCUCCAGCCUGCUGGGCCAUGCCUCCCACCCAACCCCCAGAUCCCAUCUCCACAGACUUAAAUCCCACCUGACAACACCCAUAAACCCGCAACACACCGAACUGAUCCUCCUAUUCUGCUACACCGUCACCGGCCUGCUCGACAGCGCCGCCGUGUUCAUCUGGGGCUCGUUCGCGAGCAUGCAGACCGGAAAUACAGUGUAUCUAGGUCUUGGCGCUAUGGGCGCUGAUCCUAGCAACGCUAGUCGCUGGUAUAAAGCCGCGACCUCGAUUGGGAGUUUCUGUGUGGGCUCGGCGUGCUUUUCGGCUGCGCAUCGGUGGGCUUCUUCUGGUGCUGCUGGGGGGUUGCCGAGACAGCGGUGGGCGCUUUGUGCUUCGUUUGCGGUGCAGAUGGCCUGUGUUGCUGCUGCGGCGGUUCUGGUUACUCUUAACGGAUCUGUGGGACGGGCUGCCUCGGGGGAUGAACUUGGAUGGCAGGUAUUUGUGCCCCUGGCGCUUGUGGCGUUCCAGAGUAGUGGGCAGGCUGUGAGCAGCCGGGUGCUGAACCGGAAUGCGCUGACGAGUGUGGUUCUGACGAGUGUUUACUGUGAUUUGUUUUCUGUGCCUGUGGUUGUGGGGACGGGGAAGCGGCGUGCGGAUGAGGGGAGGAGAGCUGGGGCUAUUCUGUGCUUGAUGCUGGGGGUUUCGAUGGGUGCGAUGUGGGCGAAGAGCUCUGCUGGGGUUAUGGGGGCGCUUUGGAUGGUGGUUGCUGGGAAGGGGAUGAUUGUUUUGGCUUGGUUGGUUUGGAAGGGGGAUGUGCAUGUUGAUAGUGUAUAAACUUAGAUUAAUAUCUGCAUUAUGGCUACCCUAGAUCCACGCUGCUUGGAGGGAUAUCUAUUUCCAAGUUCCCGUUUGUUGAACUGACAGCAGAUGAGAGUUGGCAACGAUAGUACAAGUUGAAUCCCGAAACGGUACUAUAAUACAUUAUGCGGUUAUAGGCAUCCUGAACAUUGGUCGUAUAGGAUGAGUCUUGUACAUGGCGAUCGGUCUCUUUUGACAGAUAGCC